UGAAUUUAUAAAUACAAGUCAGAAUCACUUGUCGAUUCUAGUGAUUUGUAAAUCCUCAGUGUUAACGGAUCAUCCCCAAAAAAACACAAAAAAAACAUGAAAUUUAACAUCCUUUUGGUAUUCGGUCUGGUUUGUCUGGUGGGUUUGUCGUUGGCAAGACCGGCUGGAGAUGAAGAGUACGCCGAAUACGAAGAAGAACCGGCGCCACCACCGAAGAAACCCGCCAGAGCACCGCUGAUCGGAAGACGGAACCCUCCGGGCGCCAGGAACAACAAGCCCGCCUCCUCGACCACCACGACACCUCAACCAAAUGAAGAAGAACCAGCAGAAGAAGGUGAUUAUGUGGAAGAAGCCCCGGAAACCAGUUCAACGACAGAAGCACCAAAGAAAUUCAUCAAAACUGGAAUGGUCAGACCUUUCAGAAGCAACGAUGAUCUGUUAGCCAUCCUCAAGAAAAAACGCGCUGAAGCUGUGAACAACAAACACUCUUCACCCAAAGCCCAAGUACAGAGCGAAGGUGAGGAAUCUGCGCCAGCACCCUCGGAACCAGUUUCGAAGCCAUCCAAAGCCAACGGAAGGAGAAAUCGUUUCCAGAAAGAAGCGAAAAGCGAACCAGCCGCAGAAGAACCGGCACCAGCUGCAGCUCCCGCAAGGACGGGCAGAAGGUUCAACAACAGAAGUUAAUAAUCGAAUUUUAAUUAUUCAACUGUAUCGUGAAGUGUAGGAAAAAAUUAGGGAACGAAACGAGAAUUUCAUUUAAUACUUGAACCUUUUCAUUUCGAAAAUUGGUUAUUAUUUAUUGUCCUAGAAUUUGAAAAGUGGCGAUUCGUUCCCUACGAUUUUCUUAUAAGCCUAUUUCAUUUAGGUAUCAACAAUAGAUAAUAAGUGUCGGAAUGUUAAUUGUAAAAAUAGUUCUUUUUUUUAAAUUGUAAAUAAAUUAUAUUAAUACAAAAU